AUGUGCGAGAGCAGUGGCAGCGAGCACUCAGCAACAGAAGAGAUAAGCCCUGACAACCUGUCCGAUCUUGUGGCCUCGUUCAUGGAGAAAGAAGGGGAAGGCAUUGAAUUGUUUCUAGUAGACGAGGAGAUUGAGAAGUGUAACAUUGAGGACUUCUCCAAGGUUUCCGAUGCCAAGACUAUGGACACGUUGAGGGAUCUUCUAGGAUACAACAUUGUGAGAGAUGACGCGAAGGAGAUGAUUUCAAGCGUGAGCUCAUUGUGCAAAUCUCGCUGGGAGAAAACGGGGCAACGACCGGCAGGAGACUACCAGGACAUAGAUGUUAUCAAUGCUAAUGGACAACGCUACAUUGUUGCGGUCCAUUUAGCAGCCAUCUUCAAGAUAGCCCGACCGAGGGAGCAGUUCACUUCAAUGUUGGGACUCUUCCCCUUGAUCUUCGUAGGUCAGCGCGAGGAGCUGAAGAAGCUGGUGAGGGUGAUGAGUGACGCCAUGAAACAGUCCAUGAAGAGAUCGGAGCUCUCGAUGCCUCCGUGGAGGAGUGAGUAUAUGCAAUCCAAGUGGUUCGGGUCCUACAAGCGGACUACCAACAAUACCUAG